CAGAGCAUGUGAUAUGACUCUCACAGGCUACUGCAUAUAUGUGCCUUUACUUCAGUGUUUGUGAGUGAGAUGGAGCUCCAGCAGCGUUUUUCUGUGUCCAUGAAUGAAUAUGAAGAGAGUGAGGGGACACAGAGGGGGAGUGUUUUUCAAACUGAAGAUGUUUAUCAAAGUCUUCAAUACCAACCUACUGCAGCCCAGAAAACUAAUAACAGUACAAAACAGGUCUCAGAGCAUUGUGAAAGGAAGUAUUUGUUUAUACUGUUUGCUAUAAACAUUCUUAUCUCAACUACCAUCCUUGCCAUUGUGGGCCUAAAUUACUCUCAGAACAAAAAAACGCAACCAGUAAACGGAGAAAAAGAAGUGUGGCUUCUCUAUGACAAUGUGUUUUAUUUGUUCUGGAGUGAGCGUACUGACUGCAUCGCUGCUGAGAGCUUCUGCUCUAAGAGGAAUGCCAGGCUUGCCAUGUUAUCUGUGCAUAACAAGGUCUGGUUGAUGUCCAGAACCAAUGGAAAGCAAUUUUUGGUCUCAAAAGCCUCAUCAGACGGAUCUGGAGACAUUGCUUCUCCAUUUACGGAUGACGAAGAUCAUGAGUGUGGCAUCAUGACCUCUGAUGUUGAAGUGGAUCAUGCAGAAGGAUUUGUUUGUGAGAGAAUAAUGAAACCCAUAGGCACAGCUUUCAGAGAAUUCCCAGCCUGAAAUUCAUGUCUUCUGUAAAUACGUCAUAUAACCUACCCCUUCUGAUGAUCCUUGUCUUCUCCAGCUGUACUUGUCAGCAUAACUCCAGAAAUUUGAUAUGUGCCAGAUAAGUCUGCAUGCUAUUGUUGGUCAGGAAUUUGGAAUUAAGUGUUGUAGUUCACUGUAAAAAAUGACCGUGAUUUUAACAGUAAAAGACUGUAAAAAUGCUGCGGUGAAAAACUGUUGAUUGGUUUACAGAAAGUUUCCGUACUAUAUACGGUGAAUAACUGUAA